CGCGGUGCAACGGAGGAGAGAAAGCUUUAAAUUUUUGCUACUCUCUCCCCUCUCAAGUCCGACGCUCUUCCUUCUUUGUCCUGGAGAUCCCGUCCUGUUCCUCAUGUCGAUCCUUGUCCAACCCGUCUGGAGCACGCCCGUCGACGACACAGAGACGCCCACGUCUGAGGAGCAAGAGGCGGUGGAAAGGACGAUCUGGGAAUGCGUCCAGCCUUACUACCGCGGAGCGUCGGAUUCCAUCACGCUCUCAGACGGUGCUGAUGCCCGUGCUGAUGCCGAUGCCAGCACAACAAAAGGCGGGCCAAUCAGGACAGGACAAGUGCUGCCCGAGCAGCGGAAGCCGCUGCCGGAUCUCGACAGGCGGCGGCACCUUGCCUUUGUCGAUCGGAUUCUCAAUCCGCUGCCAGCUGCCUACGUCGGCUUCGACUCGACGCGCGUCUGGCUCCUCUACUGGAUCGCACACACCCACAGCCUCCUGGGCGAGCCCAUCGAGGAGCAGGACCCCAAGCUCCGUGCGCGCUUCAUAUCGACGCUCAUACACUGCCAGGAUGCCACAGAGGGCGGCUUCGGCGGCUCACCCGGCCACCGUGGGCAUCUCAUGUGCACCUACGCGGCCAUCAUGGCGCUCGCCAUCGUCGGCGGGCCGGGCCCCUGUCCGGACGAGGAUGAUGUCGCGAUGGGAUACAGCGUCGAUGUUGGCAAAGGAGGCUGGGAUGCCAUUGAUCGGUACAAGCUCUAUGCGUUCCUCCUCUCUCUCAAGCAGCCCGACGGAUCGUUCACUGUACACAAGGAUGGCGAGAUCGACGUCCGAGCGACGUACUGCGUGAUCACCGUCUCGCUGCUGCUCGGCAUCGCCACUCCAGAGCUGUUUGCAGGUGUGGGGGACGCCGUGGCGCGCUGCCAGACGUACGAGGGAGGCCUGGCCGCAAGCGCCUACGAGCGAGGUUCUGCGCCACCAUCACUAGGCGAAGCGCACGGCGGCUACACGUAUUGUGCAAUUGCGUGCCAUUUGGCGCUGAGCCUUCUCCCCGCAACCUCGUCCGGGCCCUCUGCCUUUGCUGCUGCAGCACCAGCAGCAGCGGCAGCAGCUUCGUCGAGCGGGCGGCAGUGGUCGGUAGACAACUCUGCUGCUUCGUCGAAGCUGGACCUGGACGCAGCGCUGAGAUGGGCCGUCUGGCAGCAGGGGACCGCCGUGGAGGGCGGCGGCAUGCGGGGCAGGACAAACAAGCUCGUCGAUGGCUGCUACGGCUGGUUCUCCGGCGGUGGGCUCUUCACGUGCCUGGGCGGCCUCAUGACGCUGAGGGGCGACAACGACGAGCAGUGGUGGGCUGAUGCAACGGCAGACGACGAGACAACAGAAGCAGGCUCUGUGGAUAGCAACAAUGGCGGCGGCGGUGGCGGCGGGGGAGGGGGGACAAGCGAUGACUGGGAGAGCCUCGACGAGGACGAAGAUGACUCUCUGCUGGUCCCGCGUCACGACGAUGGCCUGCUCCUGGACCGCAGCGCCCUGCAAGCCUACAUCCUGCUCGUGGCCCAGAAUCCCAAGACGGGCGGUCUCCGAGAUAAACCGGGGAAGCCGUCUGACGCAUACCACACGUCGUACAACCUGUCGGGCCUCUCGCUGUGCCAGCACUGGAUCCGACUCGAUCUGGACGCCCGGAGGCGCUGGACAGAGAGGUUCAAGCAGCAGAGCGGGAUAGGCAGCGACGUGUGGCGGGCGAAUUGCUACGCAGCGUGCCUUGGCUGGACAUUCGACGAGCGUGACACGCAUGUCCUCGGCCACGCUGCUGCUGCAAAGGAAAACGGCCAGGGCAAGGCAAAGUCUGCAAACGAGGUUCAAGUAACCCAUCCCAUCUUCAACAUCACCUUUGCCCGCGCAAAGUCGAUGCUUGAUUGGGCGUAUGCUCAGCAAUAGUAGUAGCAGUAUAGUGUAGACGCUCAUGAAAUUUGAUGAUUUCCACGGGG